AUGUCUGUAGCCUACCCUCAGCCCAACGUGGCGGUGAAAGGACGCGCGGUGCAGUCGUCCACGCUGUAUCCCGCCGAGGCCCACAGAGCCAUAGACGGAAGAAGAGACACGUUUUACACAGAGGGCAGCUGCAGCCACACAGCUCCACAGAGCGACCCCUGGUGGAGAGUGGACCUCGGACAGCCUUUCAUCGUGUCCAAUGUGAAAGUCACCAACAGAGGAGACUGCUGUGCCGACAGGCUGGACGGGGCACAGAUACGCAUCGGAAACUCCCUAAAGAACAAUGGCAAUGAUAAUCCCUGGUGCACUAAUGUCACUCACAUACCUCUGGGAAACACCUUCACCUUCACCUGUAAAUCCACUGGAACGACCGGCCGCUACGUGAACCUGCUCCUCUCUGGAGAAAUGAGGAUUCUGACGCUGUGCGAGGUGGAGGUGUACGCAGACCCAGCAGGCGCACAUAAAGUCGUGCAAACGUGCAGGACUCAUAGAUUCGACAAGCUCUGCUGCAGUCAGACUCACACAUGGAGAAACCCCUGGUGGAGAGUGGACCUCGGUGCGCCCUACAGGGUCAGCGCCGUCGUCCUCCACAAUCGCCACGACUGCUGCUCUAGCUACAUCAUCGGCGCACAAAUCAGAAUCGGAAACAGUCGUACUAUUGGACAAAACCCAGUCUGUUCCACGAUCACCAAUGCAGACCUGAAACAGACCUUCUACUGUUCAGAGAUGGAAGGACAAUAUGUGUCUGUGAACAUAAAAGAAAUAACGACACUAACUUUUUGUAGAGUGGAGGUCUAUGGUUCUCGAGUGGAAACAGAGCCAGCUCCACUUCCCCCUCCGGUCCCCAGUUAUAAUUUCUCCAGUGAAAGUGCGCAGAUCGGGGGCCGAGCGGUGCAUCUGGUGGGAGGCCGCUUGUGCUGGUCGGACGCAUUGUUCUACUGCAGACGGCACCACUGGGACCUCCUCAGUGUCCAGAGUCAUGACGAACAGACCCAGGUGGAGCAGCUCAUCGCAAAGAGUGUCUAUCCCCUCUCUGAGAACGUGUGGCUGGGCCUGCGCAGAAGUGAUGGGGAUGCGGUGGUUCUGGAUGUCGGGGAAGCGUUGACAUUUAACCAAUGGAGACUGUUCCCUCCUCUGUUCCCAAACCCGUGCGGUGGUGUGGGCCGUACGGACGGUCUCUGGAGCCCGCUGUCCUGUGCAGAACACAACAACUUCCUUUGCCAAUCAGCUCCUGCUCAGAGCUCUACAAAAGUGUAUUACUACAGCAGCAAGAUGCCAAGAGUCUAA